UCCAAACUGGGAUCACGACUCCAGCCCAAACCGGGAUCACGACUCGAGCCCACACCGGGAUCUCGACUCCAGCUCGCAACGGGAUCUUGACUCCGUCCCACACCGUGGUCCCACCUCUGGCCCACACCGGGACCUCGACUCCAGCCCGCACCAGGAUCUUAACUCCAGCCCAAACCGGGAUCUCGACUCCAGCCCACACCGGGAUCUCGACUCUGGCCCACACCGGGAUCUUGACUCUGGCCCACACCGUGAUCCCAUCUCUGGCCCACACCGGGAUCUCGACUCCAGCCCGCACCAGGAUCUUAACUCCAGCCCACACCGGGAACUCGACUCCAGCCCACACCGGGAUCUCGACUCCGGCCCACACCGAGAUCUCGACUCCGUCCCACACCGUGAUCCCACCUCUGGCCCACACCGGGAUCUCGACUCCAGCCCGCACCGGGAUCUCAACUCCAGCCCACACCAGAAUUACGACUCCAGCCCACACCGGGAUCUCGACUCCAGCCCAUACCGAGAUCUCGACUCCGGGCCACACUGGGAUCAUGACUCCAGCCCACACCGAGAUCUCGACUCCAGCUCGCACCGGGAUCUCGACUCCAGCCCACACCGGGAUCACGACUCCGGCCCACACCGGGAUCUCGACACCGGCCCAAUCCGGGAUCACGUAUCCGGCCUACACCAGGAUCUCGACUUCAGCCCACACCGAGAUCUCGACUCACGCCUACACUGGAAUCUCGACUCCAGCCCACACCGGGAUCUCGACUCCAGCCCAUACCGGGAUCCCACCUCAGGCCCACACCGAGAUCUCGACCACAGCCCGCACCGGGAUCUUGACUCCGGAUUUCGACACCGGCCCACACCGGGAUCCCACCUCCAACCCACACCAAGAUCUCGACUCCAGCCCGCACCGAGAUCUCGACUCCAGCCCACACCAAACAGAGAUCUCGACUCCAGCUCGCACCGGGAUCUCGACUACGGCCCACACCGGGAUCUCAACCCCAGCCCGCACCGGGAUCUUGACUCCAGCCCAAACCAGGAUCUUGACUCCAGCGCGCACCGGGAUCUCAACUCCAGCCCAAAUCGGGAUCUCGACUCCGGCCCACACCAGGAUUACGACUCCGGUCCAAACAGGGAUCACGACUCCAGCCCACACCGGGAUCACGACUCCGGUCCAAACAGUGAUCACGACUCCGGCCCACACCGGGAUCAUGACUCCAGCCUACACCGAAAUCUCGACUCCAGCCCAAAUCGGGAUCUCGACUCCGGCCCACACCAGGAUCUUGACUCCAGCCCAAAUCGGGAUCUCAACUCCGGCCCACACCAGGAUCUUGACUCCAGCCCACUCCAAGAUCUCGACUCCAGCCCAAACCAGGAUCGCAACUCCGGCCCACACCGGGAUCUCGACUCCAGCCCAAACCGGGGGUUCUCGACUCCGCCCACAACAGGGUCUCGACUCCAGCCCACACCGGGAUCUCGACUCCAGUCCACAACAGGAUCUCGACACCGGCCCACACCGGGAUCCCACCUCUGGCCCACACCAGGAUCUUGA